AUGUCAAGUGACGACGAUUGUGAAAAGACAACGAGGGCCCUACAUCAAGGAGCCUUUCUUCGUAUCAAAAAGCCCGUUACAAUGCAAAUGACGGGGUACCUAUGGCAACACGUGCUUAGAGAGAAAACACGUAGACGAUUAAGAGAGUCGACUACCGGUUACAAUAGUCAAGAUUUUCGAGAUCAAGAAGAAGGUAACCGAAACAACUAUAAAAAUGUUGGAGGAAGAAAGACAAAAACGAACUCGGGGAAAAAUACUUCGCAAAAUGAUGACGAUAUGUUGAAUAAGAAGGUUUGGAUCGAAUGGACCGAGGAGCUUCACUAUAAAUUUGUCGAUGCCGUCAUUCAACUCGGAGAAGGAAGAUGCUAUCCGAAAGAGAUCCUCGAACUAAUGAACGAACCGAGACUUACGAGAAUGCAAGUGGCAAGUCAUCUUCAGAAAUGUCGCAAAGCUAAUUGGCUACCUCCGGGCGCGAGAAAAUCCAAGUCAACUAAUAUGGAGUCAACACCACCGAAAAACAAAGCCCGGAGGUCGAAAACCGAGAGAUUUGGAUCGAUGCCUUUUAUCGACAACGAUGAGUUCAACCCUAGAAGCCGAAAGUAUAAUCACGGAGCCAAUAUCGAUCCACCGGUAAAACCUAAUCCGAACGAAGCGUAUUAUUAUCCUCAACUUGUUCUUGAUCAUGACAAUUAUUAUUCCUUUGCUAAUCACCAGAGCAGUGAAGUAUUCAACAUGGGACGAUUUUUUGGCGCGGGAGAACCGUCAAUUGCGUACGGUUCCCAAAAUGCCCCUCCUAGUGACUUGACCGAUGACACCUUUGAAGGUUCGGACACGGAUUCCAUGGUCCAAAUCUUAUCGGAAUUCGAUCAAGAUUUAGAAAUGGAUUACAAUGUUAACGAGAUGACUACUGUAACUAAUGCAACUAGUGAGUGGAGCCAGGAGGACGAAGAAUCGGUGAAUGACGAAGAAACGGAAGGCUAG